UCACUUUCUUUGUUUGAAAGUCGAAGCUAAUGUAUGUCUCAUUCUAAUAUUAAUUCUAGAAGAUAAAAUUGAGAAAAUAAAAAUAAAAAUAUGCAACAUUAUGUCUGAAUUAGGUAACAUGUACAUCUUCGUCUAAUUGGAUUUGUUUGCCUUCUCACCCGGUGUUAACCCAUAUCUGAGCUUGUUUUUCAAAUGCAACAACAUGCCUUGUUUUUGGUGGGUUGAAGGCGGGGCAGGUCGAGAUGGAUUGACCUAUUUUACCAAUUCUAGUUUUGCGAGAAUUGGUCACUUCUCAAUAUCAACCUAGCAAUUGAGAGGCUUUGAAGCUGUGCAGUAUCUUACUUGGCAUUGAUAAUCAGUUUCUAUUUUCAGUUCUUCUCUAGAUACAAAAUGCCAAAAGUAAAGACAAACCGUGUUACAUACCCAGAGGGCUGGGAAUUAAUUGAGCCUACUCUCCGUGAACUUCAAGCAAAGAUGAGGGAAGCUGAGAAUGAUCCACAUGAUGGCAAGAGAAAAUGUGAGACUUUAUGGCCUAUAUUUAAGAUUGCACACCAGAAGAGCCGCUAUAUAUUUGACAUCUACCAUCAGAGGAAGGAAAUUUCUAAAGAAUUGUAUGAAUUCUGCUUAGAUCAAGGAUAUGCUGAUCGGAAUUUAAUUGCAAAAUGGAAGAAGCCUGGUUAUGAACGUCUAUGUUGCUUGGGGUGCAUGCAGCCACGCAACCACAAUUUUGGCACCACUUGUGUUUGCAGAGUUCCCAAGCAACUUAGGGAGGAGAAGGUUAUAGAGUGUGUUCAUUGUGGUUGCAGGGGUUGUGCAAGUGGCGACUGAUUGGACAUCAAUUAUUGAACCAAUACCAUGGUUAUAAGAAAAAAUAUAUAAUAUCAGUUGCCAAAAAGGGAUUUCUUAGGAUGAUUUUCUGUGCUUUUUACCUUUCUGUUGUUUGAAACUGAAACCCCUCAGUUUCUCCAGUUUGUAUUACUAAUUACUAACUUAAUGAUAAGUUGAAUACUAUGUAUUGAAAAAUAUUAGUUGAUUGUUAAUUGACUGCCUAGUUCAAAAUCUGAA